AGUAAUCAAAUCGGUCAGGGUAACGUGACUUUUCAGCAAUUUUCCACAAUUUAUAUGGCUGAUUCACCUCCAACUUCAACUCCAGAGCUUGCAGCAAGCACCGCCGAAGAAACUGCAGUUCAAGACAGUUCUGUAAGCACCGAAACCGUUGUUCGAGAGCUUGCAGCAAGCACCCCUGAAGAAACUGCAAUUCAAGAUAGUUCUGCGAGCACGAAAAACGUUGUUCAAGGAACUGGAUUAUCAGUGGAACAGGGAAUAAAAGAAAAGGAAUGUACAAAUAUUCAAUCAGCAGAUGAAUCUAGGGUAACAUUAGAAGCAACUGAUGUAAAAUUAGUAAAAGACAAAGUUGCAUCAGGAUCAGGGACAGCGGUAGAUGCCUAUGAAGAAAUUACAAAGAGUGAAGUCACAUCAUUGGAUGAUUGGGAGGAUGUCCAUCAAUCAUGCUUGUCGGAAAUCCCACCAAUUGAUCCGAACAUCUUGAAUGAAUUAGAGAUAAGAGCCAGUGACAUAGCGGAGAACUUGGACCAUAUGCUUAGAACUUUAGGCAACAGUUUGAAGGCCAUGUCUCAAGUGAGCACAGAUUGCCUGAGUGCUUACAACAAUUGUGUCGAUCAUGUGAGCGAGGCAGUGGAUGUCAACAUUAAAUCUAUGUACACUCUGAUUGCAAGAUGUGAAGAACUGAAUGCGAGCCUGAAACCAGUUCAAAACUUGGCUGAACAAGUUAAGGAAAUUAAGAGAACGUUGGAUGUUUUUGAAGCAGUUUGCAAGUGACUAUAUGGACUAAAAUCCCCUCUUGCAUUCAAGACUAACCUUCUUCCUAAGCAAAGAGAUUUUUUUAUAUUUGUACAGCAAGUUCAAGGCAUUUCUUAAAUUGAAUUUCUCAGACAAUUUAUUGUGGUAUUCAUGUUAGUUACAGGUUGUUUGCUUUCAUGUGCAAAAAUAGUUUUUCUGCUUCUUCACUGUGGCUGUAAAAGAAGAUUAACCCUUUGAUUGCGCUUAAAAGCAACUACCAUCUGAUUGGCUACCCAAGCGGGCAAGAUGGGCCCAUCUUCCCUACAUGGGAUUGCCCACAUUGAUCCCUCGCAUGAAAAAAAAUAAUUAGAACUAAGUUUGUAAUUGUUGGACAAUUUCGGAGAUAGAAAUGCAAAAAGUGGCAGAAGAUAGUCAAAACAAAGAAAACAGAAACAACUCUCAUGAGUUUGUGCUGCAAACACAAUUGGCUUUUUUUCCUGUCUCUCAAAGUAAAGAAGUGAAUCUUAAUUCUUAAUAACGUGAAAUCUUUUUGCAAU